CCUGAUCAAGCGUUUACAGAAACCUCUGCGGCGGGACAUUCGUAAUCUUUUCAGCCUCUCGAAAGAGUGCAGAGUGAUUUUUCAUAAUAAUUACAAAUAUUGUUUAACAGAAGGUUAACGUAAUGGAGUGUUUGAAUGUUCCAAGAAUCCUGCCAAAUUCCCCACGGAAAGCAAUAGGACAGAUCCAGGUCAUCUUUGGGCCAAUGUUCUCCGGCAAAAGCACUGAGUUGAUAAGGCGAGUGCGUCGUUUCCAGGUCGCUCAGUACAACUGUUUGGUGGUCAAAUAUGCCAAAGAUACGCGCUACUCUGAGAAGGGCAUGGCCACGCACGACAAAAAAACAAUGGAAGCUGUACCAGCCAACUGCCUGAGCGACGUGCGUUCUCUAGCUCUGCAGGCCUGCGUCAUCGGAAUCGACGAAGGACAGUUUUUCCCAGACAUAGUGCAGUUCUGUGAGGAGAUGGCCAACAUGGGGAAGACUAUAAUCGUAGCGGCCCUGGACGGAACCUUCCAGAGAAAGCCCUUUGGAGACAUCCUGAACCUGGUUCCCCUGGCUGAGAGCGUUGUGAAGCUGAACGCUGUUUGUAUGCAGUGUUACAAGGAGGCAGCAUACACCAAGAGACUAGGGGCAGAGAAAGAGUUGGAGGUGAUUGGUGGAGCCGAUAUGUACCAUGCGCGGUGCAGGAAGUGUUACGGUGGCCUGAUGGAUGUGUUGAAGGAGAAUAGCGCCCCCCACAGGGACGAGACGCCACCGCAUGUGAUGACAGGGAAACUGCUUGACAACACUACAUCGCCACGGAAACUCUUCGCCACCCUGCAACUCUGAUCAUUACCAGUAGACUAUUCUUAAAGGGAUAGUUCACUCGCAUGACUUUAGAGGGGAAGUUGACUUGGAUUGGAACUGAAUGAGAUGGUGAACAAUCCCUUUUAAUUUUAGGUUUGGUAAUUUGACUGGUGAUGAGUUAAAAUGGAUAGUUGACUUCAUUUUCCAAUUGGAGUAAUGAACUAUCCCUUUUAAGUUUUGCACUUGGAAUGAGCUUGGACAAUAAAUGAAGCUCCAUCAACCCGCUGAACGGUAUGGUAUCUGUGGAAUAACUGUCAUUUUAUAGGGCUUCAUAUACUUUGUACAUGUCAUAUUUUGUAAGACUUGGAUACACCUGCUAAAACAUACAUACUGCCACGCAAUGAGUCUAGUGUGCACAACUUAAUAUUCAACUGUUACGUUUUGUAGUUCUGGUCUGAUUUGCCUCCUAUAAUAAUACAAAUAUAUAUAUUUUUUUAAUUAAUGAAUUAAUGUUAAUUUAUGGUUUGUGUUGAGUCAUUUUCCAGAUUUUACAAAAUCUUAAGUCGAACCCAUAACUCAGUGUGCAAGGUCUUUUUUUUGUGCCAAUCACCCCUAAAGAAAACUAAGGUGAAGGGGCUCGGUUGUGCCACUACAUCAUGCCAAUUGCACGCUCCCUCAACAUGAGACAUCUGGCAUUGUGUUGUGACAAUUGCACCUUUUAGUGGCCUUUUAUUAUACCCAGCACAAGGUGCACCUGUAAUCAGCUUCUUGGUAUGCCACAUCUGUCAGGUGGAUGGAUUGUCUUGGCAAUGGAGAAAUGCUCACUAACAGGGAUGUUAACACAUUUGAGAAGCUUUGUGCGUAUAGGGAAAAUUCUGUGUUUCUUCAGCUCAUGAAACAUGCGCCCAACACUUAACAUUAUAGUUGCCAAUCACCCAAGUGAACUGAGUGAAAGAAAUGGCGUUGGAUUGCAAUCCAAUGUACUAUCCUUGACUGAAGUAACCUGUUUAGGUCUUGGCAGUUGGCACGUUGUACAGUACAACUAGCUGCCAAUUAAGAUGAUUUUUCUGGUAACACAAAUCUCCAAAGCACAUGUUACCAGAACUGUAGCAUGGUUACAAUAGACAGUCACUUCAAUCUGGACUUGUAAACAUGUCUUUUUUUAAACCAGUCAAAUUAUGAGAUUUUAUUCUGCCCCACGCCGACACACACGUCAUUUAGACAGAACAGAAGUUGAAUUAGAACCUUGUGACAUCACAGCUGUUGAAAGACACUUCCUUAUACAACAAUGGAUUCAAUAGAACACAACUGAACUAACAGGUUUCUGGUGCUUUCAUUUUGUUGGUGUAUUAAAGUUAUAAGUGAGACACAGAAUUUGCAAAUAAACUUCGUAAAUGUAAAA